CGCUACAGCGGGACAGUUAACGGCAGCAACGGUCGCGGGGCCGACAAGCAAAAACAGACAAUAAGGGAAGGAGGCGUUGUGGAGCACAGCGAGUCCCUUCUAGUUACUCGGGCAUGCGCAGAGGAGUUGAGAUAGGUUGGGAAGAGAGGUUGUUUGCGGGAGACGUUAUCAAGUGCCACCCGGGUUCUCUGAUGCCUGCCAAAGGAAAAGGAGCUCUGAAGGCAAAGAGUUUUGAAGGUCAACCAGGACCUUCCAGCAAAAGGAGGGGACCAGAUGGUAGAAGAACAAGAAAGAAACCAGAGAGAGAACAAGAUACACCGUCAGUAAGGAAGAAGCGGAAAACACAGCCUUCCGAAGACGUAUCUUCUCCAGUGAGAAAAGUUGUGGUGACUCCAGGUCAAAGAGCAAAAUGGCAACUGCUUCCAGAGAGCUCUCGAGCGUACCUCGAAUCCCUGAUGCGUGGGUUAAUACUAUCUAUUAUUUAUGAAAAACCCCAAAACCGAGGGGAAAUUGAAAGGCACUUAAACCACCUCAAGGAAAGGCUUUUGAAACGCUUUGAGAGUCUUAGAGUCCCUGUGGAGAAGCAAGGUAGCCUGAAGAAUAUGAAGAAGCUUCAGGCGGAGGAAGAAGAGAAGAUUGCAGUGAUUGAAAGGGGACUGGCAGAACUAGAGGAGGAAAUAGACAAAGCUGUGGAAGAAGCACAUCUUAGAGACAGGAAUAUUGCAAGUCUUCAGAACAAAGUGCAGACAUUAAAAUGUGAGCUGGCAGAAGAAGAAGAAAAAAUGAGUCAGCUCUUUGUGAAAGAAAGUAAGGAUGUUCUUGCUCUUCCUAAACUUCCAAAAGAGAGUCUAAAUGCACCUGUUCUUCAGGAUGUGAUAUUGAAGAUCCAAAACCAAGAAGGUGUUCUUAGUGAGUUGAACUAUAUUCAGCAGACAAAGGAGAUGAAGGCUAUGUUGGAUUCUCUUGAACAAGCCUAUGAAAAUAUAUAUGAAUAUGAAACCCAAAACCAAGAAGGCAGUAGCUCUUCCGGAACAGGCCUCCUAAACAAAGUAGCUCAUCCCAGACAAAGAAGAUGAAUACUGCCUAUUGAAGAACAGACAUAAAGAUGCAUCCCAUUUUCAUCUUACAAGAAUGCAUAAAAGAGAGGCUUGGAAUGAACCAUUUUUUUCUCUUCAAUCCCUGAUGCUCUUACAUUCUGCAUUCCUCAAUUUCCCAAUAUAUUUGGGACUCUGACAUGUCUAACCAACCAGCCUCUGUACAAAAGCAGGUCUUCUGCUUGUCAUAACACCUGAUCUCACCUGAUGCUGGUUUCUAUUG